AAUUGCCUAAUACGAGUAGUAACAUUAUUUACCAAACUUUCUAAGAAUACAAAAAAUAUCCAAAAAUAAAAUAAAAAGUUGUAAUUGAAGAAGAUCUGAAAUUUAAUUUGGAAAAAGACCAAACCCACUUAUUAUCAAAUUCUCCCAAGUCAACUCCAUUUAUUGGGUAGUAAUUAAAUCAAUUGAGAUUUUUUAAUUUUUUUUUCACGUGAUUGGUUUCGUAAAAUUCCAUUUUUUGAGCUUUAAAUUUCAUGUGUUUGCCUAAUUUGUGAUUCAGGUGGAGAGAGAAAAUUUUAAUGAAAUUUAUAAAUUUUCCAGCUUUAAAGAGCUCAUAUUUGCCGAAUUUGUAAGCAAUUUCUGGGGUUAAAUUAAUUAAUUUGUUAAGGGUUUUUUUUGGUGGAUUUUAAGCAAAAUGGGUUUAUUUAUAUCAUACUUAAAGUGGUAUUUUUUUAUCCUAUUACAAAAGUUGGGUAGAAUUCCAAUAUUAUGCUUAUAAAAUUCUCAUUACUGGAGAGUUUUUAACACAUUUUGCAGGAUUCAAAUUUCUGAGGGCUUUUUAUUUGGAGAAAAAUUAAAUGUUGGUAACUGUGAUCUUUCCCCUUUAAUUUUUAGUAUUGUAUUUUUUUUUGAGUAAUUUGCAUGGAUAUGAUUAUAUUAUGAUAGUUUUACCUUGUUUUUUCAUUGAUUUUGGUAAUUGUUAAGUUAGGUAUGAUCUUAGAGUAGUUGAUUAAUUUCGAGUAAUUUAUAAUGUUGGGUUUUGUGAAUUUUGAGUAGUAUUUGGUUUGUUGGGCUCUUGUAGAGAAGGGAAACUAGGUUUGAUUGUAUCAGUUACCGGUUCACGGUUGAUCUUGAUGAUAUGGUUACUCUAAUUAUCAGAAUCCUCAAAUUUGGCUGUUUUUGGGUAAUAUGCAAUUUGGACCUGUGAAUUUGGUUAGAUCUUAGGAAGAAAGGAAGAAAAAUAGUACUAGUAGGUCAUUUGGAUAUAAUUAGGCAUGGCAAAGAAUCCGAAAUGGAGAUUUAAUCGAAUAAUGGGAUGGCUUCAACUGUUUUUAGGAGUGCUGGUUAUUAUUGUGAGCAUUUCUAGCCUAGUUAGAUUCUAUCAUGCUGGAUUUUUCUUUCAUAGUGAAGAUAUUUGCCGUCAUUUUUAUGGGGAGAAGGAUGCUUUCGAGGGGUUUGAUGCCAAGGCGUUGUCUAAUCGUAUUGGGGAAGUGCUUGAAAAGAUGGAAAAUUUGCAAACCAAGCUUGAAGCCUAUGUGCAAAAGAUGGAGAAAGACAAAGAUGAUUUGGAGAAGAGUAAUAUGUCAAAGCUAGAGUUUAAGAGGUACUUGGAGGAUGAGGUUAUUCAACCUCUUUACGACUCUCACAUCACACUUAGACAAAUCCGAUUACCAAAAGUGGGAGGUAGUGGAAACACGACCUUUAUGGAGGAACCGUUGAUAAAUAAUUUCGUGAUUGAGGAGAUCAGAAAGUAUAUCACCCCGAAAGAGAACAAGAAUGGGAAGGUUAACAUUUUUAAAACAGAGAGGAUUUACAAUACGAUAGGCCAUGCUUGUGUUUUAAUGAAGAAAGAUUUAGAAUUCUACAUGGAUUAUGAUGUGGGUUCUUAUUGCAAGGAUGACUGGAAUCUAGCUCAGAAGCUUAUGCUUCAUGGAUGUGAUCCAUUGCCUCGAAGACGUUGCUUGACAAGGGCCUCCAAGAUCUACCUCAAGCCAAAACCAAUCAAUGAAUCACUAUGGAAGAUACCAGAUGGAAGAAAUGUCAGAUGGAAUCUCUACAGGUGCAGGGACUUUGAGUGCUUAUCGAGCAACAAUACUGAUCGAGGUUAUACCAAGUGCACGGGAUGCUUUGAGAUGGAAAAGGAGAGGCUUAAAUGGGUCAACAAAAGCUCUAUUUCUCCUGCUGAAUUUCUCAUAAGUGAUGUUUUGGCUAUCAAGCCAGGGGAGAUACGGAUUGGCAUUGACUACAGCGUGGGUACUGGCAGUUUUGCUGCAAGGAUGAUGGAACAAAAUGUCACCAUUAUUUCGACUGCCCUGAAUUUGGGGGCACCUUUCAGUGAAAUGAUUGCACUUCGAGGGUUACUUCACUUGUAUGUAACACCAAAUCAACGGCUCCCAUUCUUUGAAAACACGAUGGACUUGAUCCACACAACUGGUCUCUUGGAUGGAUGGAUCGACCUGCUACUGUUGGAUUUCAUGUUAUUCGAUUGGGAUCGAAUUCUGAGACCCGGAGGUUUGUUAUGGAUAGAUAGAUUCUUCUGUAAUAGAAAUGACUUAGAUGAUUACAUGUACAUGUUCCUGCAGUUCAGGUACAAGAAGCAUAAGUGGGUUGUGACUCCUAAGUCAAAAGACGAGGUUUAUCUAUCUGCUUUGCUUGAAAAGCCCCCUAGGUCCUUGUGAGUUUAUUGCUUGAUACUCAUUUUGUUUAGUAUUUGCAGCAAAAAUUACUAAUGUAAUUAUGCAAAAAUUAUGUUGUACUGAACAGUUUACAUUUAUAUUGUUGCUCCUUUCCCUUAAUGAUUCAGUAUGUUUCUUUUUUGA